AUGAGUUCAGGCUUUGAUCUCACUGUUCUUGAAGAACUAACGUCAAAUGCGAAGCAAAUACAAGACGAUGUAUUGACAGAGAUACUCAAGGCUAACGCAAACACUGAGUACCUCCGAGGUUUUCUCCAUGGGAGCUUUGAUACAGAUCUGUUCAAGAAUAACGUACCGGUCGUGACCUAUGAAGAUUUUAAGCCUUAUAUCGAUCGCGUCAUGAAUGGAGAACCCUCGGAUAUCAUUUCAGGCAAUCCCAUUACUAGGUUUUUCCCAAGCUCUGGAAUUUCAAGUGGGAAUCCAAAGAAAUUUCCUGGGAACGACAUUUUCUUUGACAAGGUUAUAUUCGUCUCUGCUCUACGCUCGCUCGUUAUGGCCAAGCAUUUCGAAGGUUUUAAGCAAGGAAAGAUGCUUAACUUUAUUUUCACUUCAAGUAUGUACUGUCAACCUCUCUGUGGUCUUGUCCAGAGAGAUGAGGUUUUAAGUGUUGGUGCUAUCUUUGUUUCUGUCUUGGUUCAAGCAAUCCAUUUUCUUGAGGAUUACUGGAAAGAGUUGUCUAGUAAUAUCAGGUUUGGUCGUGUUAGCGAGUGGAUCACUGACCUUAGUUGUAGAGACUCUGGCUCUAUGAUCCUUGGAGAACCAAAUCCUGAUUUGGCUGAUCUAAUCGAACACAAGUGCGGACAGCAAUCUUCAGAAGGUAUUAUUUCACGACUUUGGCCUAAAACCAAAUUCAUCGAAGGUAUUGUUACAGGAAAUUUGGCUCAAUAUAUCCCAACAUUGGAGUUCUACUCUAAUAAAUUGCCUAUAGUUUCCACAACUUAUGCGUCUUCUGAAACAUAUUUCGGGAUAAAUGUGGAUCCUCUAAGCAAACAUGUACCUAACGCUUAUUGA